GAGUCACGUGACGGGCGCGACGGGCGUUGGCUCCUCCCUCGCCAAGAUGGCGUCCCUGCUGCAGUCGGAGCGGGUUCUCUAUCUCGUCCAAGGAGAAAAGAAGGUUCGGGCCCCGCUCUCGCAGCUCUACUUCUGCCGCUACUGCAGCGAGCUGCGAUCGCUGGAAUGUGUGUCGCACGAGGUGGACUCACAUUAUUGUCCCAGCUGCCUAGAAAACAUGCCAUCAGCUGAAGCCAAAUUAAAAAAAAAUAGAUGUGCCAACUGCUUUGACUGUCCUGGGUGCAUGCAUACUCUUUCCACCCGGGCAACAAGCAUCUCCACACAGCUUCCGGAUGAUCCAGCCAAAACCACCAUGAAGAAAGCCUACUACUUGGCCUGUGGAUUUUGUCGAUGGACUUCUAGAGAUGUGGGCAUGGCAGACAAAUCAGUAGCGAGUGGCGGUUGGCAAGAACCAGAAAAUCCUCACACACAACGGAUGAAUAAGUUGAUUGAAUAUUACCAGCAGCUUGCUCAGAAGGAAAAGGUUGAACGAGAUCGCAAGAAACUAGCACGGCGUAGAAACUAUAUGCCUUUGGCAUUUUCGCAACACACUAUUCAUGUAGUGGACAAGUACAGUCUUGGAACCAGGCUUCAGCGACCACGAGCUGGUGCAUCCAUUAGUACACUUGCUGGACUUUCCCUUAGAGAAGGAGAAGACCAGAAAGAGGUAAAGAUUGAGCCAGCUCAGGCCGUUGCUGAAGUGGAACCUCUGCCUGAAGACUAUUACACACGACCAGUGAACUUAACAGAGGUGACUACCCUUCAGCAGCGCCUCUUACAGCCUGAUUUCCAGCCAGUCUCUGCUUCACAGCUCUAUCCUCGACACAAGCACCUUCUGAUCAAACGGUCCCUGCGCUGUCGGAAAUGUGAACACAACUUAAGCAAGCCAGAAUUUAAUCCAACAUCUAUCAAGUUCAAAAUCCAGUUGGUUGCUGUCAAUUAUAUUCCAGAAGUGAGAAUCAUGUCAAUCCCCAACCUUCGCUACAUGAAGGAGAGCCAGGUCCUCCUGACUCUUACAAAUCCAGUAGAGAAUCUCACCCAUGUGACUCUGUUGGAGUGUGAAGAGGGGGACCCUGAUAAUAUUAACAGCACUGCUAAGGUGGUGGUGCCUCCCAAAGAGCUCAUUUUAGCUGGCAAGGAUGCAGCAGCAGAGUAUGAUGAACUGGCAGAGCCCCAGGACUUUCAGGAUGACCCUGACAUUGUAGCUUUCAGAAAAGCCAACAAAGUAGGCAUCUUCAUCAAAGUCACCCCACAACGUGAGGAAGGCGAAGUGACCGUGUGCUUCAAGAUGAAACAUGAUUUUAAAAACUUGGCUGCCCCCAUUCGCCCUAUGGAAGAAAGUGACCAGGGCACAGAGGUUAUCUGGCUCACUCAGCAUGUGGAACUGAGCUUUGGCCCUCUUCUUCCUUAAACAGUCACUCGGUGGGCAGAUGAUACCCACAGUUGUGUCACCACAACUCUGUAACAGUAUGGAAGCUGCUGCGUUAGACGUGUUUAUAAAGAUGUACCCAUCACUACUGAAUCCUGUUCCUAGGAGUGGAGGCCAGGCCAGGACUGGGAGCACAGGGUAACUGCUGUUCCACUUGCUCUCUCUGUUGACACCAGUAAGUCUGUCUCCCUCACUGAGCCCUGCACACUGAGUAGCAGCCUAACUCCAUCCCAGUGAAAUGGGUGGCUGGUCCUCAGAGGGGCAUUAGAUUUACUCCCUGAAAAAUGGGCCAUGUCCCUGUCAGGGUUUAACUGAAAGAAUUUAGAAUGGUAAUCCGGAGCAGACCUGUUGUUCAUAUCCCAGUGUUGGUCUCGGUGUUCUUCUGCUGUCCGCAUUCCAUUAAGGAUAACUAGUAAUUAUAACCCUUCACUUGCCAUGGCUCUCACUUCACCAUGGAUUUCCAUUGGACAGAGAACGAUGUCAGUAUCUUUAACUUUGAGGACAGGACAGGACUUGUUUAAGGCACUCCAUUUGUCUCUUGUAAAGGACUACAGAAUACCUA